UUCACGUACUUCCUACGUUACGGGCAGGUGGCAGUGGCAGUUCGAGGUGUAUAUCGUCCAGAGCCAAUGUUAUUUUCAAGGAUGCGAAGUCCGCAGAAUUUCUUGCUGCUGUUGGUGAAAGAAUCUCUUUCUUUGCUAGGUGGGCUUCCUGAGGUAGUUGUAACAGGUCGAGCAAAUGUUGGAAAAUCAUCCUUGCUUAAUGCUGUGAUUGGGCGUAGAGAUCUUCUUUUCACCAGCAAAAAAGCUGGCCGAACACAAACACUCAACUUUUUCCGUGUUGGAUCUCCCCCUGGUCGCUUGGUCGUCGUCGACUCUCCGGGAUAUGGUGCCAGGGGCCGACCCGAGUGGGGUGCCCUUUUCAACCAUUAUCUAGAAACUCGGAAGCAGUAA